AUCUCAUUCCUUUCGAAUCAGCUGUUGGAAGCACAUCUAUUCUCUCUAUUUUUUAGAUUUACAGUUUUUUUAUUCGGAAAAAAAAGCAAAAUUUGUCUGGAACUGUCUGAAAAAUAAGAGAACUUUCGUAACCUGUCGCGAGGGACUGUCACCAUCAUUAAGCGAUGAAGUCUGUACGCUUGAUGCACGCCCUGUGCAGGCGUGUCCAGCACACAUUCCUGGCCAGACGCAGAGAUGUGGAACAGCGACGGCACUACGCCGAGAAAUGUGACUCGGUGACAAGAUGACACCAUCCGGCGAGAAGUUUGACGAUCGCGUCCAGGGUAAGAUCACUGAUCUCAUACGCGAGACGGGCCUGAGUGGCCAGCUGGGAAAAGGCCGUGUCUUCAUGAACGUGGAUGCGGAGUUCCGUGCGGUGGCCGUGGUCGGCGUGGGACAGGAGGGGGCCGGCUUCAACGACCUGGAGAUGAUCGAGGAGGGAAUGGAGAACGCUCGCGUCGCUGCCGGCGUGGGGGCUCGUGCCCUUCAACUGCAGGGCUGCACAGAUGUAUUCGUGAAGUCGAUGGAGUAUGCGGAGCAGGCGGCCGAGGGGAGCGCCUUGGCCGUCUGGCGCUACAACACCAACAAGCGCCGUCGGGACCGCACACUCAUUCCCAAACUGGAGCUGUACGACUCUCCCAAUCAGAUGACGCCCACAAUCUUCGCCCAGUCAACGGUGGAUUCCCUGUGCCCCUGCGGGGUAUCCGUGGAGGUACGCAGCAUGGACUGGAUCGAGUCCAAGAGCUUGAACAGCUUCUUGAUGGUGGCCAAGGGCAGCUGCGAGCCGCCGAUCAUCUUGGAAAUCGCCUACUGCGGCACCGCACCCGAGGACAAGCCCAUCCUGCUGGGCAAGGGCAUCACAUUCAACAGCGGGGGCCUCUGCCUCCGUCCCAAGGACUGCUUGUCCAUGUACCGCGGCUGCAUGUCCGGUGCAGCCGCCUGCGUGGGAGUCAUCCGAGCCGCCGCCGCCCUAUCGCUGCCCCUAAACAUAACGGCACUGCUGCCGCUGUGCGAGAACAUGCCCUCCGGAAUGGCUGCCAAGCCUGGCGACGUGGUGUCCCUCCUCAAUGGCAAAACUCUCGGCUUCGUGGACGUCAGCAAGGCUGGUGUGAUGGCCAUGGCCGAUCCCUUGCUCUACGCCCAGACGAUCUACAAGCCGCGCAUGGUCGUGGACAUUGCUACAGUGGGCUACGCCGUCUGCCCAGCGCUGGGCGGAGCAGCAGCCGGGAUUUUCAGCAAUUCGAACUUCGUCUACAAGCAGUUCGAAAAGGCCAGUGAAAGUGGCCGUAAAGGACAACUGCAGGAGAUAAUUAUAAGUGCAGGAAUUUUAAUUCAACCUUCAACCUCAGCCUUUGCAUGGCUCUGGAGCUCGAAACACUUGACCAGAAACAACAGCAACAACAAC